UCAGCAGUUACAUUUAUGGAUAAAUGCAGACAUCCAAAAGAUUUAGAUUGUGUCAUUUAAAAGUUCCUGAUUCCUCAUUUGUAUAAUUGUAUCUGUGUUGCAGCUGUCUCAUUUGAAUAGCUAUUACUAUUGCAGUUGUGAGGAUGUGGAUAAUAGCCUUCAGAAAUGCUAUGGAUAGUUUUUUUUAGUUAGUUAGUUUUUUUACCACUAAUGGGCAAAAACUGACUGAAAAUAGUCAGUGAUAUAUAAUGACCUGUAAAGAAAGAAAAAGCCAAUAACAAGAGGACACGAGUCAAAAGGUUUAAAAGUUAACAGAAAUGUUUCACUGACAGAUGAAAGUUUGUGAUUCAAUUUGACUUAGAUAAACCUCAUUUUAAAUCCUCAAUUUCAUCACUUAGUCACUUAGUUGUGUGUGCAUAGAUUAGCUAUAAUUUAAUUUGUUUCACCAAAUUUUUGUAGCAAAGAAAAGCUUUGUCUACUAAACAUACAGUAAACAAAGACAAUGUGACAUCCCAAGAUAUUUCCAGGUCAGCUCGAGUGGGUUUUAGGGGGGAAAACUAUAUAAAACAACACAAAACGUCAAGUUUUGGUUACAGCCCCUCAGGAAUACAAGUCAGGAGCUCUUGACUGCUGACAGUCAACAAAGCAAAUAAUCAUGGCAGAGGCUGACAUCACAAUUUCUUCACCAACGGCAGCAUCUGUAGACAAGGAAUGCCUAACCACAAAACAUGUUGUAAGUGCUGUGACUUUUUCAGGAAAUUACUUGUGGUGUUAAUUACCAUUCUGCAGCUACAGUAAAAACCGUGAAGAUGUUUUAACCUCAGUACCUAUAUCAAAGAAGGUAAAACCACACUGAUUACUUGUAAUAUGACUAUUCACAGAUGAUGAACAAUUGAGAGCACUUCAUUGUCACUUUAACCUCACUCCAGUCAAGUAAAUCUGCAGUUAAAUGCAGCAAAACCAUGCUUGUUGGAGGCAGUAGUCAGGUGGAGGGGAAGUGGGUAGCACACACAGGUCAAGUUUCAUCGCAAGAUAAUUUACUCUAGACGUCACGUGGUGAAGACGGAAUAUCUGAAGGUUGAAUUCCGUUUUUCAGACACAACCGGUCUUUAUCAUCCUCUGGCUGCUAGCUACAGCCAAUAUAUUCAACAUGGACAUGCAGCAGGAAUGCAGCUGUGUGCUGGGUCAGAGGCCCUCCAGCAGCAGCAAACUCCUUUCACCUCUCUGCUAAUGAAUGUUUGUCUGCUGUGUUUACUAAAGAUGCCACACUGCUCAAACAGAUCAUAGAUCAUUGACACCCAACUGAUCUGCCUUGACUACAGCCUGCACCACCAAUCAGCAGAUUUUAGUGUAUUGGCAGAUCCACAAUCCUGGAUGUCACACAAAUACAUCUUGGCUAUCAGUGCCUUUAACACUGACUUUCAAUCAUGGGCAACCUGCAUAUGAAUUAUAAAAGUUAAUAUCAGCAGAAGACAUGCACAUGCAGUAGGUCCUUGUAAUCUGAAAUUGUUUUAGCACUAAUGUCUGAAAGAACUAUGUUCCUCACAUGUAACACAGAUGCUCAGCUGGAAAAUUUGACAUUCAAACGUAGACUGAUAAAGCUGACAGUCUUGUUAAAGAUUACAUUUUAAAAAACAUCUAAAAUAAGGAAAGUCAAAUUUUGAUGUGCAAAAAAUCCUCAGAGGAGAUCACUUUAAUGCCACCCAUGUGAUUCUUUUACCUGACCAUGUCCAAAUGUAUAUUUUAUAUUGAGGAAUCCAUUGCUGCAUCUUCUCUUCAAACUGAUUUGACAGCUAAUCCAUUCUAUUAGAUAUUUUGUAUGUUGGUGUGAUAAACCUUUUAAACCAAUGCGAUAGUUUAUGCCUCUGCGUCAGACCUGUGCAAACCACUGAAGUCCAUUGCCAUGCAGUAAAUCUGGUUGCCAUCUGCUGGCCGAGAUUGCAAUGACAUAGUAUGUCAUGAACUGUACAAUACAUGCAAUGAACAUCAGUGUCACAAAAUACUGACAUUAGCAUUUUAUAAUUGAUAGGACAAUAAUUUCUCACGAAGAGUCGUUAAUGGGGUUUUUUUUUGUUGUUGAAAGAGUAAGCCUACAAUUUUAAAUCAUGACAUGAAAUUACUUUUUUAAAACUAUCAGACACAUCACCAUAAUUUUGUGCCUUUCCCGUUUCUAAAGUAAUUUGCAAAUUAUUUGUCUGACAUCUCUUUUGACUCAUUAUCAUGAACGACUACCCUGUCCGUCUAUUCACUACAAGCUCUGCUUCAAGACAAUUUUUGAUGAGUAUAUCACAGUGUUUGUGAUUAUCUUUCUGUGUUUAUUUGCUUUAGGGUUUGGAAAUAUGUACUUCAAUGAGGCCUAUACAUGUACUGAACAUUUACAGCAUAUUAAAGUGGGCUAAAAAGUAAAGGGUGACGUUUUCAACGCUUUAUUGUGCGCUACACUGUUUUGACCCCAAUGAGCCACCAUCGGCUGCACAACACACGUAAUCCAGUCAGUUGACAAGACAAACCCACAUUUUAUAUGGGCAAAACACGGCAGUAGAUCAGAAAGACGGGUGUCAUGGACCAUCAUCGAGUAGAUAGAGUGGGCCUACUGUCUCCCCUGGAGGAGUCCAGCGCCGAGAUAAGCAGAGACAGCGGCAUUGUCUCCCAAAGCGCGAGCAGUUUGUCCAUGGUGAGCGAAAUCCUCAGCAGCGGUACUGUGUCGCAGAGCCCCAGUUUUGGCGCAGCAGCUAACGUUAUCACUCGAAGCCCGAGCCUCAACGAAGCAGCAGAGCCCGCGACAACCGACCAGCACUACCCUGAGCAGGACGACGAAGUCCUGAGACACACCGCCCUCAGCUACUCCUCCUAUAUCAGGGCGACAGCAGGAGAAGAGAUCCUGUGUUUGGAGAAGAGCUUGGAAGAAAUGCUGACGAGAGUAGAUGAGUUUGUUGGAAUGCUAGAUAUGAUCCGUAAUGAUACCUCCCAGAUAGUGAAUGAAAACCUACCUCAAAUCCAGCAGAAGUCUGAUGAAAUGAGACAAAUAUACAGAAGAAUUGAUAAGUUAGAGGCCUUUGUAAAAAUGGUGGGAGCCAAUGUCAACGCGAUGGAGGAGCAGGUCACGCAGGCAGAGGGAGAACUAGGAACACUACCGGGUGCUUUCAAGAAGAUCCUCCGCACAAUGAGUGUCCCAGGCUUCUUAAAUAAACCGGCCAGCCCAAGAAGACCAGCACCACAUCAGCGUCAAGAGAUCCCCAGCGUGUUCCAGACAGAUGAUUAUUUCACAUCACAGCCAGAGCAGUGAUGCGCUAACAUUUAACACAUAACUUGGUUCUAACCUCAGAGGCCUGUUGGGUGAAACUGUAGAGACAACUUGUACUGCCAUCCAUUGCAAGAGGAUCUAUUGGUGCAGUGGCCUCAACAAAGCAAUAGUAGCCUUUCUGAACAAGUCACUGGUCAAGUGCAAGACAUUCUGCAUUUUUGAGUGUCAUUUUCCUGGCAGCAACAAGCACUGAACUGUAGCAAAAUGAUUUUAAAAGUGCCUAAAUGGGUCUUAUUUCUGUCAGUCUUGUUUUCACUAGUUAGAAAACAAUGUCAGAUGUUGGAUUUGUGCCAAGUCAGGAGGACAAAGUCAUCCCACUUGCCAAUAGGACACUGUAAAGAAGGAACAAUAGGAGGAGCUGUAGAGAUCUUAAGAUGUAUUAACCCAUCUUUUUUUAUAAUUACAUUCUUGUUACUGGUGUUUGUAACGACCUGCACGCUGUUAUGAAUUAAUCUGUAUUUCUAUUGUCUCAUCACUCUACCCAAGCAAUAUUGAUCUCCUCCGGUUAAGCAUUUAAUGUCUUCCAUUUAAAAAUAUUAACUUUAUUGCUAGCCUGAUGUUACUGUCUAUGGAUGACAGUUGCCUCACUGAUAUGGGGCUACAUCUUUGAUGGCACCUUUUCAAUAAAAGCACAUUGUAGAUGA